AUGGUGAUGGAGGUGCUUUCUUGCAUGCUGGAAAAGGCCAAAGAUGUUAAGGCUAUUUCAGGUAUUAGACUUCCUAACAAUGGCCCGAAUAUUUCCCAUCUUUUCUAUGCGGAUGACGCUAUCAUUAUCGGGGAGUGGUCUAGAGAUAAUAUAGCUAAUGUGGUGCGGAUUCUACGGGUUUUUCAUUUGUGUUCGGGUCUUAAAAUCAAUAUUUCCAAGUCGAACAUCUUUGCUAUUGGAGUUAGAGCAAACGAAUUAGAAGACAUGGCAUUGUUGAUUGAAUGUCAAGCGGGGGAGUUUCCGAUGAUUUAUCUUGGGUUAAAUGUUGGUGCUAAUAUGAAUCGAUCUCUAACUGGGGACCGGUUUAUGAUAUUUUUGACUCGAGACUAUCUAAGGAAAGCUUCGCAUCUUUCUAUAGGAGGAAGGGUCACUUUAAUUAAGGUCGUCCUUGAAAGUCUUACGAAUUAUUAUUUCUCUUUAUAUAAGGUCCCUUCCAAAGUGAUUAAGGAUUUGGAAUGCAAAAUUAGAAAGUUUUUGUGGGGAGGAAACGAUUCGAAUAAUAAGCUUCAUUGGGUUGAUUGGGAGAGGGUCACUCUUCCUAAGGAGAGUGGAGGGCUUGGUUUAGUAAGCUGA